CGGCUGUUUGAGCCGCGCCUCGGUCUCCCCCUCUGCCUCCCCCAGGUUCUUUCCACCGGAAACCGUGACGACAAGGAAAGAAGGAAGUGGUCGUGGGGGGUGGCGGGGAGAGGGGCCCCAGCCCCAAUCCCGGAAGACGCCUCGGACGCCAUGGCCUCCCCAUCGUGGGCAUCCCUCCUGCCGCUGCUCCUCUUCCUCCUGGGAGGCCGGGCCUCCUCUCGGCCGCCCGCGCCCGCCGUCGUGUCCGGGGGCCUCCUCGCCCCCCGUCCCCUCCCGGUCCGCUGCGUGGUGUUCAACGUGGAGUACAUGACGUGCACGUGGAACGGCAGCGACCGGUCCUGGCCGCGGGCCGCCAACCUGACCCUGCGCUACUGGUGUGGGAAAGGAGAGAACCGGUCCCGCGAGUGCGGACGCUACCUGGUCACCGAAGGGCUCCGCUCGGGCUGCUGGUUCAACAGGACGGAGAUCUGCCUCUACGAGACUUUCGGGGUUCAGCUCUGGACGCCCUUCGGGGCGCUCCCUAAGCAAGAGGGCAUGAGGCUGCAGGACCUGGUGGUCCCCUGGCCUCCUUGGAAUCUGACCCUCUGGAAUGUGAGCGAUUCCCAGCUGGAGCUGUCGUGGACGGACAGAUAUUCCUCCCAGUGUCUGGAGCAUCAGGUGCAAUAUCAGACCGAUCAGGACGCCGAGUGGACGGUCCAGUGGGUCAGCCAGCAGCAGCGGUUCUCCCUGGCCAGCGCGGACGGACACAAGCGCUACACGUUCCGCGUGCGGAGCCGGUUCAGCCCCUACUGUGGCAGCGCCCAGGCCUGGAGCUCCUGGAGUGACCCCGUCCACUGGGGGGUCAACAGCUCCCGGGAAGCCCCUCCGACAGGCACCGGCGGCCUGGCGGGGGUCGGGGCCGUCCUCAUCCCCCUGGCCUUCCUCACCGUCCUCCUCGUGCUGGUCACCGCCCUGGUCCGCCUGGAGCGGGUGUGGAUUAUCCUGAUGCCCCAAAUCCCCAACCUCAAACACUUGGACGAGCUGGUCAGCGCCCACAGGGGGAACUUCUCGGACUGGAGCGGGGUGUCCAAGGGCCUGGAGGAGAGCCUACAGCCGGACUAUAGUGAGCACCUCUGUCACAUCAGCGAGCCCCCGCCCCCUGACCUCUGA